AUGACAGGGGCUCAAGUGCCCGAGAUGGGGGCAUUUGCUGAAGGUUUGCAGAUGGGAUCGUGGACAUGUUUGUGCGUCAGACGCUGGUCUCCUUGUGCGUGCUAUAUUGUGGCUGUGGGCAUGGCCGCCUGGAGCAUGAUGUUACUGCAACUGCACUCCUCAUUCGGUGACGUGUCCAUGGCUGCUGGCACCCUUGAUAUAAUGCAGUCUGCAACGCGCAAUUCCACGACAAUAAUCUAUGUGACAGGCAUCUCGUCUCAUUGCCGACAAAAUCUGAAACUGUACUGCCAGCUUUUGGCAGACGUGUGCCAGAAUCAGCGCUUGAAACGUGAGAACCAGGCAGCCGGGCAGAGAUUUCAUCAUGUAUUCAUCGUGGAACCACAAGCUGCAGAACAAGCUGCAGAUAAAGAUUUGAUUUCGGCUGCAUUCACAUCUUGCUACCAUUUGUACACACUGGAGUUUCGAGAAGAUUUCAGCCAAGCUCUGUUUGAGAGCAGUCACCAGCAUGGCUUCCAGCCUAUUGUUGUCACUAGUUGUCAGCAACAAGGUCCGUUGAUACCCAAGUAUUUUUGGCACACCGGGUGUGAAUUCUGGGCAGAUGCUUACACAUCACCACUGCGACAUGGUGCCCAAUUUGUUGCCAGUCGCGCAACCUGUGAUCAUGACACGUUGGACUUCGGCUUGCCAUGGGCCGUGCACAAAGAUUUCGCGGAACAUGUGAGCAGACGUGCUGCAAAUGUGUCAGACCGUAGAAAGGCUUGGAGGAUCCUAAAGCGCGCGGUGGUGUCAAGAGUGUCAAGUGGCGUUCCCUAUGAGCUUCUCCAUGGAGGCAGCACUGUCAGCGCCAUGAACAGGUCGCACACGGCACGAAGUGAGUGCAGUCAAACGAGUCAAACCUACCCGGAACAUGUCUGGGAGACACUUUUCCAUCCUGGGCCUGGUCGCUUGCCAAGAUUCUAUGCUGCUUUGUCACGGAGGGUAGCCAAGCAAGAAGAUGCUCCACUUGUCACGGCUGGCGAGCGGAUCUUGGUAGUGGUGGCAUUUUAUGAGAAGGACGCAGAGUAUCGUGCGAACAUGCUCCAUUUCAUGCAGGUCUGUGUGAUUCCUGAUGCACAAGCUGGUGCACCAUUGGACUAUGUGAUUGUGGUGAAUGGGGAAACCACAGUGACCUUCCCAAAGAUGUGGAACUUGCUUGUGAUAUCUCGCCCAAACACCUGCUUUGACUUUGGAUCUUGGGGAAUUGGCUUGAGAAAGAAAACGCCAAGGCACAAAACGUUUAUCGUUCUGAAUCCCACCGUCAUGGGUCCCUUCCUGCCGAAGUAUUUCAUGGCACAUUGGUCAUCGGCUCUUGUAUCGCUGCUUACCCAGAAGGUUAGAUUGGUAGGCACAAGUAUGAACUGCCCAGAUGGCGUUGGGCGAUCUUUGGUCCAUGUAAUGAGCAUGGUGAUGGCAUUCGACGAAGUUGCCUUGCACAUUGGCAUGGCUGCUGGCAUAUUCGACUGCGCGGCGGACAAGCGCGCUGCCAUGUUUCGUGAGGGUGACUUUGCCCAGCUUUUGCGCAAGUCUGGUUUCAGCGCUGAAGCCUUGCAAGCAAGCCACUCGGGUACAGAAUGGUUCAGGUUACCGAAACACCCGAAACACAGGCCGCCUUCGGGGCCUUCGUCUCAGUGCCCCCAGCUGCCCAACGAUGUCUUCUUUUCAGCCGGCCGCUAUUUUGGCAUGACUGCUCACCCGAUUGAGUUUGUGUUCUAUAAGACCACGCGCCACAUACCUGAAGCGAUGCCUAUUUUGAAGACGCUCUCCUCUCAGACGGCUACCAAAGUUGUAGACCACAAGUUUGUUGCUGUGCUGAGUCAUUCCUUCCAGGCGGAUGGCGCUCCUCGGGCGUUGCUUGACUUGUCCACUCAGUUGGUGUUGAAUGGCUUACAUGUCCAUGCUGUUGGCCCUGAUCAUGGCCCGCUGGAAGCAGAGUAUGCAGACUGGAACAUCACGGCCAGUGUCGUUCCAAAGCUGGCCGCAUUUUGGGUCUCUGAGACAUUCGACUUUACAUUGAUGGACGUCGUCCUAGACAUUUUUGGGGAUCGCGUGCCGGUGUUGGUAAUUUGCAACACAAUUCUUUGGACUCGCGCCAUUCAUCGUUUGCCCAGAACUCGCUCUUCAUAUCCGAUGUUCGUUUGGUUCAUCCAUGAGCACGAGAUCACGGCCAAUGCUCCUGGGCUUUUGCCCAACACGUUCUGGUACGGCAAUCAAUUCUCAGAGCUGGACGUCGCCAGCUGCAAUGACACGGUCUCCAACGCAGAUGCCGUGAUCUUUCCAGCAGACGCCACCAGAGCUUUGUGGUCUUCAUUUGACAGAGGGCAUUUGCACACCUUGUACAACUUUGUGCGUGUGAGUCGCGUGACUUCAGGGGCUGGCUUGACCACUACUGACACUACUGGUGACCUGCGGGGCCUGCGCACCAUUCGGUCAGAGGUUCGAUCAGAAUUUGGCUUCCCUGCUGAUACGUUCAUUAUGUCAGCACUGGGCUCAAUUUGCGAGCGGAAGAACCAACUUAAACUUUUGGAGCCAGGAGUACUGAAACUGUUGAAGGAGAGAUUCUCCAACAACUGGUUGAUCUUGCUGGCUGGCAAGAACCCGAAAGCAGACAGGGUUACUCCGAAGAUGGUCGUCAAAGCUGCCGAAGCCGCUGGCGUGUCGCAGAAUGUUCGAUUGAUCAAGUUCGGCCCCAAAAACUUACGUUACGUGGCGGCUGCUGACCUCCACAUCAGUUUGUCAUGGCUUGAAGUCAGUCCGCUCAACACGCUGGAGGCGAAAGUCCUUGGGAUUCCUGUAUUGAUGACACCAGCAGGUGGGUCGCAUGAGCAGGUGAUUGCCGAUCAAGUCGAUGGUUAUUUGUUGCCAGACUUUGAAACAGCUUCUUUUGUGAAAGCUCUACGCAGAAUCAUUUUCCACCCACAGGCGUUGGCUGAGAUGGGAGAGGUGGGUCGUGCAGGCCGUGCAACUGCUCUAGCCUUGUUCAGCUACCAAGCAGCCGCGCCACGCGUGAAGCUCUUGAUGGAUAAGUUAUUGCUUGGAGCGCCAAGAGCAUCGGCCUCAGUUGCAAUCAUGAUACAGCUCAGCGAUCCGUCUUGGACGGCCAUCUGGCCUUGCGUGCAGCAUAUUUUGGAUGCGCUUCACGCCACCGGUGCCCUAUGCGACAUUUUCUGCAUUUCGCCCAUGGGUGUGGAGGGCAAUCAUGACGCUGCUCGCAACCACGCAGCUGUGCGCUACUUUCUGGCGUGGCAGUCAUCAGGUGUGGCCCUUCAUGCAGGCCUGCUGCUGCAGCAACUUCUCAUGGUUCGGCAGCUGCGGCUACAGCACUCUUUCUUGUUCACACUUCCUUCAGCUCGACUUCACCAGUACAAGCAUCUGAUGACAGAAUCGAUGUGUGGCGAUGUGCAGCGGGUGCAAUCCAUAAUGGAGGCAUUCCGCAACGACGGGAGAAUCAGCAUCGUGGCACCGCCACAGCUGAUGUACACUUUCAGCCCUGCAGAUGCAAAACUGCAUCCGCUGACGCAGCUGAACGUUACAGAAAGCAACUUAUUGUCUAUGAGUAUACUUUGGAAUGUGACAGACAUGAUCCCGGGGUUCGAAGACAAAUGGACAGCCAUUGUGGGGGCCUCAUUUUGGGCACGGUCCAAUCGGCAGGUGUGGCACCAGAUCAUCCAUGCUGCUCCUCGUAUUCUUGCGCACAUGGAGAAGCUUCAAGGUGAGUGUCUCAGAGAUUGCCAACUCGAUGGGGUGGAAGUCCUCUUGCCCACAGCUGCUGGCUUCACUGGCUUGGUAAAACCAGCCUCAGAAGUUGUAGAUGACCACCCCCCGAAUUUCUCCCCCUCGCUGUUCCGCACGCCCCAGAAAAAGCCGCGUCCCUUCGGACGGAACGAAUUGACGAGUCUUACUUUGAAAGCAGGAUCCGGCAUGGUGGCACUAGCGUAG